AUGCCCAAACGCAAGGUUGAGUCCUGGUCGGAAGACCAGUGCAAUAAUACUUAUCGUCGAAUACGUUCACUCCGCGCUUGUGGGGAGUGCCGCCGACGAAAGCGCAAAUGUGACGGACGGAUGCCCUGUUCGUCCUGUGCGGGUCAUGGUUACCGCUGCGACAUUAGUCUUACAGCGCUUCCUCUCGAACAAAGUACCGGGCCAGAGAAGCUCGGCGAGCCAUCUCCAGAGAUUGCCAGUGUUAAUCAGCCCGAGGAACAAGACAAACAAGAGAACAGUGACUCCUGGGACAAGGUGGUCACUCAGAACCGCCGCGCUCGUGUUAUUAGCCGUCAUAGCGCCGCCGCCCUACCACGCGUUCUCGGCCAUGAGUUAGACGAUCCAUCACCCCCACGAUUGCAUUCCUACGCGUGGAACAUGGGUAUCCGUGCAGAAUGUCGAACGAAGUUUGUUUCCCAAAUCACUUCACUUAUUUCCGAAGAAGAGUGUUGUAGCUUGUCCGAUGUGUUUUUCAGCACCGUCGACUCCACAUUCGCCUUCAUCCGACGAGAGUGGUAUUUUCAACAGCUGCAGUCCAAAUGGCAAUUCAUGCAAAGCGAACCGGGUCUGGAAGCGGUCAUAUGUGGUGUAAUUGCCUUGGGGUCAUUCUUUUCGAACCCAUCCCAUUCUCUCGAAUCGAAGUUUAUCAACCAGUGUGUGCUUAUUCUGGAUAUGGCAAAUGCUGAGCCCACGGCUUCCCCGAGAACGGAGUUCUUGGCUGGCUGGAUUCUGCGCUCCUUGUAUAUGCGAUUGACGACACGUCCUCAUAUUGCGUGCAUGGCGAGUCAAAUGGCCAUGCAUCUUUCCGAAGUGCUGGGUUUCCAUCGCGAGCUGACAUCCGGAUCUAUGACCACGACGUCGGACCAAUUGCACGUGGAUCCUGAUGAGGCCGAGACAAGGCGGCGUUACUUCUGGACUGCCUGGUCUUUGAACUACAUUUUAUCAACUGAAUAUGGUAUUACGCCAGUGCAACUGCGCGCAGUGACUUGUCACCUGCCCUCCAGAGAAACUGCGUAUGGAUCCGCUGUGAUUUUGAAAUUUAUUGAAGCAGUCCGUGUUUUGCAGGACGGUUGCGAAGGUCACGAAAGUCUGAUCCUGAGAGGAGGAAUCGAUGAUAUUUUGAGCCGUCUCACUCUCUCCGAGAAAGAUGGAACCACACUCCUUGCCACCUUUCAUGCUGACAUCUGUCUUUGUCUGUUACGCCGGGUGCUCUGUGUCACUCGUUCUAUCAACAAGUCUAGCACCUGUUCCGCGGUCACCAUCUUGCAAAAAGCGUUUGGCAAGAUUCGCGAGUUAGUCGAUCUACGGCAGCCAUGGUGGAACAUGGUCAGCAUACCAUUCCAGACCAUUUGUGUGUGUCUAUGGUUCAACUCCCUGCCGAUGUUGUCCCUUCUGCGAGAUGCAAUGGAUCUGCUUCGGUUGCUUGCACGUACCUUUGAUACGCAAAUGACUCGAGAGGCACUGGCAACUGCUCAGCACCUGAUCAAUGCAUCGCAAGACCAGGAGGAAACCAAAAGCAGAUUACGACAGGCAGCGCUGGAUGAUCUAUUGCAGUCAGAGCCUGCGCCUGAUGUGAGCCUACUGUUUCCAGAGUCAGGGUUUGACUCGCUGGAUGAUUGGCUGUCUCUGCCUUUCUAA